AUAAUUCAGCCUAGAAUUAAUUAACUAAUUAAUUUGCAGAUUUUUGAAUUGGUGAAAACCCAGACUAGAGAGAUUCAAAAGAACAAUUUUUUUUUUUUAAUAAAUGAAGAUUGAGAAAAAUGGUGGAGGGACAUGGAGGGUUCAAAGGGCAGAUGGUCCUGCAAAUAUAUUGGCCAUUGGGACAGCCACACCCUCUCAUUGGGUUGAUCAGAGUGAGUACCCGGACUUCUAUUUUCGGGUCACAAAUUGUGAUCACUUGGAGGAUCUCAAGGAUAAAUUUAGGCGCAUUUGUGGGAGAACUAUGAUUAAGAAAAGACAUAUGUUAUUAACCGAAGAAAUCUUAAAGGAGAAUCCAAAUUUAUGUACAUUUAGUGAACCUUCUUUAAACACUAGACAAGACAUCUUGAUCUCUGAGAUUCCAAAACUGGGAAAAGAAGCCGCCUUGAAUGCUAUAAUAGAGUGGGGUGAGUCGAGAACUAAGAUCACCCAUCUAAUCUUCUGUACUAGAAGUGGGCUGGACAUGCCCGGCGCAGACUACCAACUCAUCAAGCUCUUGGGCCUCAGCCCAACAACUCAACGGUUCAUGAUGUACCAACAAGGUUGUUUCGCAGGCGGCACCGUGCUUCGCCUCGCCAAGGACAUCGCCGAGAACAAUAAAGACUCGCGUAUUCUCGCAGUUUGCACUGAGAGCUCGGCGAUUGGGUUUCGUGGGCCAAGCCCAGAUCACAUCGAUAACCUCGUGGCCCAAUCGUUAUUUGGCGAUGGGGCAGCCGCAUUGAUAAUCGGCUCGGACCCCAAGCCAAAUAAUGAAAAGCCCAUAUUUGAGAUCUUCUCUGCGGCCCAAACUUUUGUGCCUAAUGGGGACUAUCACCUUGCAUUGCACCUUCGUGAGUCGGGCCUUUCUUUCCAUGGGACCAAAUUUGUGCCGUCCACAAUAGCUAAAAACGCCGAGAGUUGUUUGAUUCGGGCCUUUGAUGGGCUUGGAAUAUCAGAUUGGAACUCACUCUUUUGGGCUCUUCAUCCUGGUGGGAGUGCAAUUGUGGAUCAAGUGGAGAGCAAAUUGGGCCUCGAGCCCGAUAAGCUACGGGCCACGCGGAACAUUCUGCGUGACUACGGGAACUUGUCCAGUGCUUGUGUGAUGUUCAUUUUGGAUGAGGUCAGAAAGAGGUCCAUUAGAGAUGGGCUUAAGACUACUGGUGAUGGGCUUGAGUUCGGAGUCCUUUUAUCAUUUGGGCCUGGUCUUACUAUUGAAACUGUAGUUCUCCGCAGCAUGCCCAUUUGAGAAUUCCAUCUUUUCAUUGUUGUGGUUUAUUUCCUUGGUCGCCGACACCUCUCUCUAUCUUAUUCGGCUCCAAUCGAUUCAUCUUCCUCCUUCAUCUCUAAAAUCACGAUCCAUGUCAUCAUUUACACUUAAAUAACUUCUAAUUAACGCCUAAUCCCUCAAUGCAAAUCUGAUCGGAGAAGUCCAUGUUCAAAAACUAAAAUUUGCUAAGUUUCUGUUUUCUUUCUACCAGUUUCUAAAAUCUUCAAUCGAAAGAUUUGUUUUUGGUCUGGAGGAGACAAAGUCAAGAUCUGCAACUAUUGGUGCUAAAUAUUAAGUGUUGUGAUAGCAAGCCUUUCAUCUACCCUACGCAGAGGUCGCAUUAGCUAGGAGGUCGCCUUAGUUGGUGGUAAAGGUUUUGCAUCAUCCUCAGAUUCCAUAAAGUCAGCAAAUAAAUUCUGCAAGAUUAAGCCACAAAACUGUAAAUGAAUGUAGAAAAAUUAUUUCAAGCAUAAAAGUAGUAUUAGAUUCUAGAAAAAAAGUUAAGCUUUGAAUUAAUGGCGAAACUGAAU